CCAACGUUGUAUUAAUCUAGACCUCCUCUUCCAGGUUAAUUUCAUCUUAACUUUGCCCAGAUUUCAUAAUUUCACAGUUUUGUUCUUAAGAUUCACGUAGUAGUAGUAGAAUAAAACACGAAACAAAAGAGAAUUAUAUAUCGAAGGAAGAUCAGAGAAAAAUGGGGUUCUGGAGAUUAUUGGAGGUGGCAUCUAUGCCAAUAUUGCAGCUGCUGAUAAUAAGUGGAUUAGGUGCUACGUUGGCCACUGAUUAUAUCAAGAUUCUCCCUGCUGAUGCUCGACGCUACCUUAACAAGGUAGUGUUUGUGGCAUUUACACCAUCCCUCACGUUUGCAAGCUUGGCAAGGACGGUCAAACUUGAAGACAUCAUUUCAUGGUGGUUUAUGCCGGUUAACAUUGGGUUAACGUUUCUGGUGGGAACAAUUCUUGGAUGGAUUGUAAUAAAACUACUGAAACCAAAACCACAUUUGGAGGGUCUCAUCCUUGCUUCCUGUGCAGCAGGAAAUCUGGGAAAUCUUCCAUUAAUCAUUGUUCCUGCAAUCUGCGCUGAGGAAGCAAGCCCCUUUGGUGAUAGAGCAAUUUGUUCCAGGCUUGGUUUGUCAUAUGUAUCCUUCUCAAUGGCGCUUGGAGGUUUCUACAUAUGGACUAUUGGUUACCAUAUGAUACGAAGCUCUGCCAAGAAACUGGAAGCACAAGAAGCAUUAUCCAAGGCAAUUAAGGAAGCAAACAACGAUGUGGAUGCAGAUCUCAGGGCUCAACUCAUUCACAACACCAAUGACCCUGAAAACCCGAAUAAUGUGCAGAAUGGAUCUGGGAAAGCGGGUAGGGAUCAGCGAAAUAACAAUCAAGACGAAGGGGCAUCGUUCUUGAGCCAAACGCUGGAGUUUCUCCAUACAAUCUUGGAGGAGCUAUUGUCUCCUCCAAUUGUGGGAGCUAUUUUUGGACUUAUAUUUGGAGCAAUAACAUGGCUUAGGAAUCUAUUGAUUGGUGACAAAGCUCCCCUCAGGGUCAUCCAAGAUUCCAUCCAAUUACUUGGGAACGGAACAAUACCAUGUAUCACUCUUAUCCUAGGUGGAAACCUGAUCGAAGGAUUGCGCGGCAAAGCGUUGGUGCCAAAGCAGAUAAUCAUAGGAAUAAUCUGCGUGAAAUUUGUGUUUUGUCCCAUAAUUGGGAUCGGCGUGGUUCAAGGCGCUGCCGAGUUAGGGCUCCUUCCAGACGAUCCACUCUUCCUUUUUGUGCUCAUGCUUCAGUUCACUGUUCCACCUGCCAUGAAUCUUGGUACAAUAGCACAACUGUUUAAUGUAGGAGAAGCUGAGUGUUCUAUGAUGUUCUUGUGGACUUAUGUUGCAGCAGCUUUUGCACUCACAAUAUGGUCAACAGUGUUCAUGUGGAUCUUGACAUAACCCCAAAUUUAUUUUCUAAUUCAU